AUGGCGGGGGCGCCGCGCGGCCGAGGCGGCGGCGGAGGCGGCGCGGGCGAGCCCGGGGGCGCCGAGCGGGCGGCCGGGCCGGGCGGUCGGCGCGGGCUCCGGGCGUGCGACGAGGAGUUCGCGUGCCCCGAGCUGGAGGCGCUGUUCCGCGGCUACACGCUGCGGCUGGAGCAGGCGGCCACGCUGAAGGCGCUGGCCGUGCUCACCCUGCUGGCCGGCGCGCUGGCGCUGGCCGAGCUGCUGGGCGCGCCGGGGCCCGCGCCCGGCCUGGCCAAGGGCUCGCACCCGGUGCACUGCGUCCUCUUCCUGGCGCUGCUCGUGGUCACCAACGUCCGGUCCCUGCAGGUGCCCCAGCUGCAGCAGGUCGGCCAGCUGGCGCUGCUCUUCAGCCUCACCUUCGCGCUGCUCUGCUGCCCCUUCGCACUGGGCGGCCCCGCCGGGGGACCCGCCGGGGCGGCUGCGGGACCGGCUGCCGCCGAACAGGGGGUUUGGCAGCUCCUUUUGGUCACCUUCGUGUCCUACGCCCUGCUGCCCGUGCGCAGCCUGCUGGCCAUAGGCUUUGGGCUCGUGGUGGCUGCCUCUCACUUGCUGGUCACAGCCACCUUGGUCCCCGCCAAGCGCCCACGUCUCUGGAGGACGCUUGGCGCCAAUGCCCUGCUCUUCCUCGGCGUGAACGUGUAUGGGGUCUUCGUGCGCAUCCUGACCGAGCGCUUGCAGAGGAAGGCAUUCCUGCAGGCCCGGAGCUGCAUCGAGGACCGCCUGAGGCUGGAGGACGAGAACGAGAAGCAGGAGCGGCUCCUCAUGAGCCUCCUGCCCCGGAAUGUUGCCAUGGAGAUGAAGGAGGACUUCCUGAAGCCCCCGGAGAGGAUUUUCCACAAGAUUUAUAUCCAGAGGCAUGACAACGUGAGCAUCCUGUUUGCUGACAUCGUGGGCUUCACGGGGCUGGCAUCCCAGUGCACAGCCCAGGAGCUGGUGAAACUCCUCAACGAGCUCUUCGGCAAGUUUGACGAGUUAGCCACGGAGAACCACUGUCGCCGCAUCAAGAUCCUGGGGGACUGCUAUUACUGCGUAUCGGGCCUCACCCAGCCCAAGACUGACCACGCCCACUGCUGCGUGGAGAUGGGGCUCGACAUGAUCGACACUAUCACGUCUGUGGCUGAGGCCACCGAGGUGGACCUGAACAUGCGUGUGGGGCUGCACACCGGCAGGGUCCUGUGUGGCGUCCUGGGCCUGCGCAAGUGGCAGUAUGACGUGUGGUCCAACGAUGUGACUCUGGCCAAUGUCAUGGAGGCUGCUGGCCUGCCGGGGAAGGUUCACAUCACAAAGACGACCCUCGCGUGCUUGAAUGGGGACUACGAGGUAGAACCAGGUCACGGACAUGAGAGGAACAGUUUCUUGAAAACUCACAAUAUCGAAACCUUUUUUAUUGUGCCAUCCCAUCGGCGAAAGAUAUUUCCAGGCCUGAUUCUCUCAGAUAUAAAACCGGCCAAGAGGAUGAAGUUCAAGACCGUCUGCUACCUGCUGGUGCAGCUCAUGCACUGCCGGAAGAUGUUCAAGGCUGAGAUUCCCUUCUCCAACGUCAUGACCUGCGAGGAUGACGACAAGCGGAGGGCAUUGAGAACAGCCUCAGAAAAACUCAGAAACCGCUCGUCUUUCUCCACCAACGUGGUCUACAGCACGCCGGGCACUCGCGUCAACAGGUACAUCAGCCGCCUCUUAGAAGCCCGCCAGACGGAGCUGGAGAUGGCGGACCUCAACGUCGUCACCCUGAAGUACAAGCACGCUGAGCGGGAGCAGAAGUACCACCAGCUGCAGGACGAGUACUUCACCAGCGCCGUCGUCCUCGCCCUCAUCCUGGCUGCCUUAUUCGGCCUCGUCUACCUUCUGAUAAUCCCACAAAGUGUGGCUGUUCUGCUCCUGCUCGUGUUCUGUAUCUGCUUCCUGGUGGCCUGUGUCCUCUACUUGCACAUCACCCGUGUCCAGUGUUUUCCAGGAUGCCUGACGAUUCAGAUCCGCACCGUCUUAUGUAUUUUCAUAGCCGUCUUAAUCUACUCAGUAGCCCAAGGAUGUGUGGUGGGCUGCCUGCCCUGGGCCUGGAGCUCCAAGUACAACAGCUCCCUGGUGGUCCUCUCGGCUGGUGGCCGGCGCACGGUGCUGCCUGCCCUGCCCUGCGAGUCUGCACACCACGCCCUGCUCUGCUGCCUGGUGGGCACCCUCCCGCUAGCCAUAUUCCUGCGGGUGUCCUCCUUGCCCAAAAUGAUCCUGCUCUGUGGGCUGACCACGUCCUACAUCCUCGUUCUGGAGCUCAGUGGAUACACCAAGGCUGGGGGCGCUGCGGUCUCGGGGCACAGCUACGAGCCCAUCAUGGCCAUCCUGCUGUUCUCGUGUGCGCUGGCCCUGCAUGCCAGGCAGGUGGACGUCCGGUUGCGGCUGGACUACCUCUGGGCUGCACAGGCAGAAGAGGAGCGAGAGGACAUGGAGAGGGUGAAGCUGGACAACAGGAGGAUCCUCUUCAACCUCCUGCCAGCCCACGUCGCACAGCACUUCCUCAUGUCUAAUCCGCGGAACAUGGACCUCUACUACCAGUCCUACUCCCAGGUGGGUGUCAUGUUUGCCUCCAUCCCCAACUUCAAUGACUUCUACAUCGAGCUGGAUGGCAACAACAUGGGCGUCGAGUGUCUGCGGCUCCUCAACGAGAUCAUUGCCGACUUUGAUGAGCUCAUGGACAAAGACUUUUACAAGGACCUAGAGAAGAUCAAGACCAUCGGGAGCACCUACAUGGCCGCGGUGGGGCUGGUGCCCACGGCAGGGGCCAAGGCUAAGAAGUCCAUCUCCUCCCUCCUCAGCACGCUGGCCGACUUUGCCAUUGACAUGUUUGAUGUCCUGGAGGAGAUCAACUACCAGUCUUACAAUGACUUUGUCCUCCGAGUCGGCAUUAAUGUGGGCCCCGUGGUGGCUGGAGUGAUCGGCGCACGCAGGCCCCAGUAUGACAUCUGGGGGAAUACAGUCAACGUGGCUAGUCGGAUGGACAGCACCGGGGUUCAGGGCAGAAUACAGGUGACUGAGGAGGUGCACCGGCUGCUGAGGAGGUGCUCCUACCACUUCGUGUGCCGAGGCAAAGUCAGCGUCAAGGGAAAGGGUGAGAUGCUCACGUACUUCCUAGAAGGCAGGACCGACGGGAGCGGCUCUCAGGCCAGGUCCCUGCUCUUGGAGCGGAAGAUGUGUCCUUAUGGGAGAGGCAGACGCCCCCCAGUGUGCCCUGCGACAGGCCCUCCGCUCAGGGCCGGGCCCGCCCCGCAGCCCACCGGCCAGUACCUGCUGUCUGCAGCGGCUGGGAAGGAGGCUUAG